ACCGGAGCCAAUUUUCUGUCUUAGUCUCGCAGUGUUUUGACUGGAGGCAGAUCCAGUUCAGUCCGAUCGGGGCUAGUGGAAACAACUACCCAAGUCUCUGCUGUCUGCUUCGUUCGGGAGGGAAGAAGAAAGAAACGCGUUUCCUGACUGCUGGGCGCGCUCCCUCGCACACACCCGCACACCCCGCUGCACACACACACGCACCGCAGCAGGCACACGCCAGACCCGUCGGUGCGGGGCGCGCCGUGCCAUCGCCACCGGGAAAGAAUGGGAAGCGUGUGAGCGGAUCUGUGCCGGUGCCGGCGCCCGCGAUGACCCUGGUGCUGCCCAUGCAGCGGCUGGGCCGCCCCAUCGCCGGCGAGGGAGCCGCUGACCUCGCCGCCUACCGCGCCCUCUGGGAGCCGCCCUGCUGCGGCCGCUCCAGCCCCGCCGCCCCGCCGCCCCCUGCCCCGCCGGCCGCCGCCGGCCCCCCCGCCGCAGGAUCGCAUUACAGGGGAAUUUCAAAUCCUGCAACAACAUCCAAGAUCACAUACUUUAAAAGGAAAUAUGUGGAAGAAGAGGAUUUUCAUCCGCCACUCAGCAGCUGUACACAUAAAAUGAUCUCUGUGUUUGAGGAGCGCGCCCAUAUCCUUUACAUGUCUUUGGAAAAGCUGAAAUUCAUCGAUGAUCCAGAAGUCUACUUGAGGAGAUCUGUACUCAUCAACAACCUCAUGAAGAGAAUCCAUGGAGAAAUCCUCAUGCAGAACAGUUGGUGCUUCUCCACCUGCUCCUUCAGUGGCGCCUCCCCACAAGAGUGGUUUGUGCCUCAGGACUGUCCUUACAGAAAACGUCUUCGGAUGGCAAAGGAGGAGUAUGAGAAGCUCCACACGUGCUGCUUCUAUCAAGAGUGUGGCAGUCACUAUUUAAAUCUACCCUACUCUGUUAAUGCUAAUACAGAAAAUACUUCCUCCUCUUCCUCCUCCUCUUCCUCCUCCCUCCCCAUUUCUUUGCCAAGCUGUUCCCAGCAGGUGGAUUAUGACAUUGGCAGUGCCCCUUCUUACAGGAGUGAUGACCAGAUACCUGCUAAUGAAAUAUUCAUCACUAAUGCCAGGCCUCACAGUAAUCAGGAAAAGGCAAAAUUUAAUGAUGAGAAAGGAGGUAAUGAACCUGAGCGAGAGAGCAUCGCCCUAAACUGUGAACCUGUAAAAGGCACCCAUGCUCUUGAAUGUAAAGGCAAAUUUUAUGACUAUUUUGAGACUGGAUGCAAUGACAAGAGCAACAUAAGUGAAUCUUGGAAAAAAUCCUUGAGGAAAAAGGAAUCUUUACCAAGUAAUAAAACGUGCUGCAGCAAAGGAAGUAAAAUAUGAGGCAUCUUUCUUGCUCUGUUGAAGCAUGCACAGCAUGUUCUUUGGCCAUCCAAUUUUUAUUUU